AUGCAGCAGAACUCGAGAGGCGCCACCGAGCACAGGACCGGUAAGCGCAAGUCGAUUGGCAAGAGAAAGAAUCCCGAAGAGGAAAUAUCAUCAUCAUCUCAGCGUCAACAACCACAACAUCCUCUCCCGCAACAGCAACAAACCAUUUCAGAGCUCCUGUCUAGGAACCAGGAUAGAGGCCAUCCGCCAUAUCUCUCCCCCAAGCGCGCUCGAUUAUCGCCCACUCCUUCGGAUUCAUCGUCGUCGACUCGACCACAAGCACUGAGAUCCCCCACUAGUAUGUACAAUUUCUCGAAUUCGGAUUCCAGGGCAGGCGGGGCAUUUGGACAGAGCUCGUCUGGUCCAGGUACCUACAACCCAACGGCCAAAGCUGGCCCCGCCUUCGCGACAUCCCGUCAAAGCAACUUCACACCACAUACCGGCGCGAAGAAAUUGGUCGUCAAAAACCUCCGGACGACUCCACGGCUGAACCAGGAUUCAUACUUUGAGAAGGUAUGGGGCCAGUUGGAUACGGCAUUGGGUACCGUCUUCGGCGGCGGGAAACCAGAGACAUCGCUGGAGGAACUCUACAAGGGCGCCGAAAAUGUAUGUCGCCAAGGGAGAGCGGCGAUUCUGGCCAAGAAAUUGCAGGACUGCUGUCGAGAACAUGUGUCAGGGAAGCUACGGGAGACAUUGGUCGCGAAAGCUGGAGGUGGGAAUGACAUUGAUACCCUACGAGCCGUGGUAGACACAUGGGCAACAUGGCAGUCAGAGCUGGUAACGGUUCGCUGGAUGUUCUACUACCUCGACCAGUCGUUCCUCCUUCACUCCAAAGAGUUUCCCGUUAUCCGCGAAAUGGGAUUGCUUCAGUUUCGAUCGUACAUAUUCUCCGAUGCGAUCUUGAAACCUAAGAUCUUACAGGGUGCCUGCGACUUGGUGGAGGCAGACCGGAGUGAGGGCAACGACACGACGGCCGACUCGUCCCUGCUCCGUAACGCGAUCGAUCUGUUCCAUGGUCUUGACGUGUACAUUAGCGAUUAUGAACCGCUUCUAGUUUCGCGGUCGAAAGACUACUUUUCAUUGUGGACUCAGCAGGAGACUACCGGGUACCUCGCUACAUUUGUGGAGAAUAGCCAUCGCUUGAUCGCGCGGGAGGUGAAUCGAUGCGAACUUUUUUCUCUUAGCCGGAGUACGAAGCAGAAGCUAUCUGAGAUUUUGGAUGAAGUUCUACUAAGCCAAGAGGACUUCUUACUUGACAAAAAAGACAUUCUUGGGCUGCUACGGGCCAGCAACAAGACGGCAUUGGAGAAAUUGUAUGCUCUGUUGGAGCGUAAAGAUCUUGGUAGUCGACUGAAGCCCGCUUUCGGAAGCUACAUUGUGGAAGAAGGCAGUGAAAUCGUCGCUGACGAGGACAAGGAGGGGGAGAUGGUGCCACGGCUGUUGGAAUUCAAGCAGCAGCUUGACGACACCUGGACAGAUUCUUUCCAUCGUCACGAGGAAUUGGGACAUACACUGCGAGAAUCGUUCGACGCGUUUAUGAAUAAGGACUCGAAAAUGGAGACGAAGAUGGGAGAGAUGAUUGCCAAACACGUGGACCGGCUUCUGAAAGGCGGAUGGAAGUUACCAACAAGACGGAAACUGGAGGAUAUGCCACUUGCAGAUGAGGAUGCUGAGAUCAAUCGCCAGCUGGACCAGGUGCUGGAUCUGUUCCGGUUUGUGCAUGGAAAACUGGUGUUUGAGACAUUCUAUAAGAACGACUUGGCGCGUCGCUUAUUGAUGGGACGGAGUGCCAGCGACGAUGCGGAGAAGAGUAUGCUGGCGAAGCUCAGGACAGAAUGUGGAUCGAGCUUCACACACAACCUCGAGUCGAUGUUCAAGGACAUGGAUGUUGCGCGCGACGAGAUGGCAGGAUACAGCUCGAUUCAGCGCCAACGGAAACACCGGUUGCCGGUUGAUCUGAAUGUCAACGUGCUGUCAGCAGCAUCAUGGCCAACGUAUCCAGAUGUGCAAGUGCGGAUUCCACCGGUGGUGGCGACAGCGAUCAACGACUUUGAACAAUUCUACCACAACAAAUAUAAUGGACGGAGACUUCACUGGAAGCAUCAACUAGCGCACUGUCAAUUGCGAGCAUGGUUCCCAAAGGGAGUCAAGGAAUUGAUGGUCAGUUCAUCGCAGGCGAUUGUACUGUUGCUGUUCAACGACGUUCCCGAAGGCGGGACGCUGCAGUACCCUCAGAUCCAGGGAGCGACGCUGUUGCCGGAUGUGGAACUGCAACGGACACUACAGUCACUAGCGUGCGCCAAGUACCGGGUACUAAGCAAGCGACCGAAAGGUCGAGAUGUGAAUCCAACAGAUGAGUUUGCAUUCAAUGAGGCCUUCACGGAUCCGAAAAUGCGGAUUAAGAUCAACCAGAUUCAGCUGAAGGAAACGAAAGAGGAGAAUAAGACGACGCACGAACGAGUGGCGGUGGACCGACACAUGGAGACGCAAGCAGCGAUCGUGCGAAUCAUGAAGAGCCGCAAGACCAUCACCCAUGCGGAGUUGGUUGCGGAAGUGAUCAAGGCGACACGAAGUCGGGGGAUGUUGGAGGUGGGAGAAAUCAAGGAAAAUAUAGAGAAGUUGAUUGAAAAGGAUUACAUGGAGCGGGAAGAGGGUAAUCGGUACCAGUAUGUUGCGUAA